AUGGCGUUCACUUCGACCAACAAGGGAUUGCGACAGCUGAAUGUCGGCAUCACUCUGAUGUUGUCGGCAUCAGCUACCGCCGGUUAUAAUGCGAGCCAAAUCAACAGCUUGCUUGUCCUGCCUGAAUUCGCGUUCUUUUUGAGUGGUCUCAACGCUAGUGCCAAAGGUCUCAUCAUCGCCUCCGUUUCGCUGGGAUCUUUCCUUACCUUCAUCCCCGCCUCAUAUAUUGCCGAUCGCAUGGGACGCCGAGCAUGUGUCAGUAUUGGGGCUCUGCUAGUCAUGAUCGCAGCAAUAGUUCAAACCGCUGUGACCCACCCAUGGGCCUUCUUCGGUGCUCGAGUAGUUACCGGCAUGGGAGUUGGUAUUUCGCAGACUGCUGCGCCACUUUUGAUUGCCGAGUCAGCCCAUCCACGGCAGCGAAGAAAGCUCACGGGCUUAUACAACGCCGUUUGGUUCUGUGGUUCAAUUACAGCUGCUGGAAUUGCUUUCUCCACCUUAUCUAUUCAAAAUAGCUGGUCAUGGCGCAUUCCAUGCCUAAUGCAGAUUCUCUAUCCAGCUUUACAACUGGUGGCUGUUUGUGUCAUCCCAGAAAGUCCAAGAUGGUUGGUUUCAAAAGGUCGGAAAGGACAAGCACUGGCAAUGCUCACAAGAUACCAUGGGAAUGGGAAUCGGGAAGAUGUGGUGGUACAGGAGCAGUAUGAUCAGAUCUGCAGCAGCAUCAGUGCAGAGGAGGAUUUGAAGUCAGCUUCCCAAUGGAGCGCAUUUCUGAGAACAAAGGGUGACGCACACCGACUGGCAAUUUGUAUUCUUUUGGGAUUCAUGCAAGAAUGGACUGGAAACGGCAUCAUCUCCUAUUACCUUGCACCAAUCUUAUCCUCCGUCGGAAUCAAAGACUCCGUCCACCAGUCGGCCGUCAAUCUGAGCUUGCAAGUCUGGAACUUGAUUUUUGCAGUUGGUGGUGCAAGCACCUCUGAUCGCUAUGGCCGACGAGUGCUGUGGCUGAGCUCGACAACAUUAAUGAUGAUUUUCCUGGCAACAAUAACCCUGAUGACAGGUCUUUUCGCGGAGCUCCAUAUUAUCGAAGCUGGAAUCGCGGUAGUUCCGAUGCUUUUCCUUUUCUGUGCAUCAUACGACUUUGCCUACAUGCCCCUUUUCAUCGCAUACCCCGCGGAAAUCCUCCCGUUUCAGCUCAGAGCAAAAGGACUCGCCAUCACUCUCACAACCGACUCGCUGGCCUGCUUCUUCAAUCAAUACGUCAACCCUGUGGCAUUCUCCGUUCUUCACUGGAGGUACUUUUCUCUGUACCUAGGUUGCCUCGCUUUCUUCAUGGCAACUGUAUACUUCUUAUUCCCAGAAACCCAAGACAGAACACUGGAAGAGGUCGCCCGAAUUUUCGAAAGCAAGGAAUGCCUCUCGGUGGAGUCUGCCGACGAGGAGAAGGAUUUUGGAACCGUGCCUUACGCCUCGAAGGGCCAAUUUUAG